UGGACUGAGGGAGGCGCAUCAGCUGGUGGCAGGGAACCCGGAGCUCCGGGUCUGGACCCGAGCCAAAACCUGCCUGGUGUCAAACCAGCCCGAACAGAUACGCCGAGACAUCUCAUUUCUUCCAUUCAUUCCUGAAGCGGCAGCCUGUCCACCCCUUGUGUAAAAGUAUAGCUCAUCACUUGUGUGAGAAUCUGCGGCGCUAUAAGACGGUCUGCGGAGCCUUCCUCCGGCAGAUCCCCCAUGGCUUUUACGCGCAAAUCGCAUUUGCUCUCACUUCUCUGUACUUUAUCAUACUUGAUUUGUUGACCCACCGAUUUUUUUUAUUUUAUUUUUUAUCAUUAUAUAGCCUAUAUCUAUUUUCAUAUGUUUCUCCCAUCCAUGGAAAUGCUCCGUGCAGAUCCAUAAAGAACCAAAUUCUGCUUAAUAUGAACUUUUUGCCAAGUGGAAUAUGUUUUUUUCUAUCGGUAACAACCUGCUGGCUGACGGCCAAGGUCGAUGCGUCCUGGUGGUACAUGGGCACCCUGGGCUCCCAGGUGAUGUGCGACAACAUCCCCGGCUUGGUGAACAAACAGCGCCAACUCUGCCGCCAGCACCCCAAGGUGAUGCAGGCCAUUGGGGCCGGGAUGAAGGAGUGGAUCUCUGAGUGCCAGCACCAGUUCCGCAACCACCGCUGGAACUGCAACACAACAGCCAGGGACCACAACUUGUUUGGCCGUCUGCUGCUACGCGGCAGCCAAGAAGUUGCCUUUGUGUACGCCAUCUCCUCUGCAGGAGUGGUGUAUACUUUGGCCCGAGCUUGCAGCCAGGGCGACCUGGACAACUGUUCCUGUGACCCCACCAAGAAGGGCUCAUCGCAGGACUCCAAGGGCUCCUUCGACUGGGGAGGCUGCAGCGAUCAUGUGGAGCACGCCAUUCACUUCAGUCAAAUCUUUGUGGAUGCCAAAGAGAGGAAGGAGAGGGAUGCCCGAGCGCUCAUGAACCUGCACAACAACAGAGCUGGCAGGAAGGCAGUGAAGCGCUUCAUGACUUUACAGUGUAAAUGCCAUGGUGUCAGUGGCUCGUGCAGCGUCCGUACCUGCUGGCAGGCUAUGGCCGACUUCCGACGCACUGGUGACCACCUGAGGAGGAGAUACAAUGGCGCUGUGCAGGUCGCAGUCAAUCAGUAUGGAACUGGCUUUACAGCCGCGCACACACACCUCAAACGUCCUAGCAAAAAUGAUCUGGUCUACCUGGAAGACUCACCAGACUACUGUAUACGGGACCCUCAGUCAGGGUCGAUGGGCACGGCGGGCCGGCUCUGCAGCCGGGCGUCCCGCGGCUCGGACGGCUGCGAGGUGAUGUGCUGCGGCCGAGGCUACGACACGGCGCGGAUCAGCCGCACCACCAAGUGCGAGUGCAAGUUCCACUGGUGCUGCGCCGUCCGCUGCAGAGACUGCCAGCAGCUGGUGGACGAGUUCACCUGCAAGUCCCACACAUGAUGGGAGCUGCGCCUGCCGUCAGGACGGACAUGUUUAUGCCAACCGGAGCUUUUAAUAUAUUUCUAGGUAGACUUCAGUCACUGUCUGCUGCUCUGUUAGAAACGUCUCAUUCCUCGACCCGAAGCAGACCAGACUGAUGAAACUAAAGUAUUUCAACUUUUUCACGUUCAGCUACUUCACAGCCACAAUUGUCAGUGUAUUUUAUUGGGAGGCUGGGAUUUGAAUAUUGCAUAAAAAUGCAAAAUAUUCUUGCCGGUCAUCUUAUAAAGUGAAACUCGUAUAGAAUCAUCACCUAGAGCGAUUUAUUCCAAGCCUUUGUUUCUUGUCAUUUUGAUAGUUAUGGCUAGCAGAAAAUGAAAACCCCAAAAGUGUCUCAGAAAAUUAGAAUAAUGCUUAAAACAUCUGUUCUUCACCUGUAGCCAUAAUUAUUAAAACUGAAAAAAAAAGAAGUUUGAAAUAUUUUAUUUAUUCUUAUGUGUAGUGAAUCUUUUUAAAUUACUUUUUCACUUUCUGAGAUGAAUGGCAAGAAAUAUGGCACUUUUGCGCAAUUUUCUUAUUUUGUUAGAUGUAUUUUAAAAGUGUGUUAUCUGUUUGUGAGUAACUUGGUGGAAGCAGCUGUCCUUCAGUUACAGCUCAGUCUCAUCAGAUCCUCUGUUUUAUUUUAUCUGUUCUGCUGCAUGUUGGACAGUUAAAUGUCGGUUUUAUCCCUCCAGCCGUUUUCCAGAUGGAUAUAUCUUCCCACCAGCUCUACCUUCCCCUGCAAAGGGAAAUUUGGGCUUCCCCCCCUCAAACAAUAGUUUUUUUCUCAUCAUUUUUCCAUAAAAGUCAUAUUUCUAGAGCGUACUUUAAACGGAAAUCCUAACAGAUUUCUGACCAGUCUUUAUAUCUGAGCUCAUGAUGCUGUUCGUUCUGAUUGAUCACAUGACCAGCAUUAUAUUAAAGGCUGAUUUCCUCAUCAAUAAAUCGAUCAUACAUCACUGAAGUAUCUCAGCUUCUGUUACAUGUUCUUAGUUUACAGGCCUGACAGCUUCACUAACAGAGUAUUUAAUAUUAAUUAAAUAUUCAUACAAAAAUUUUAUCCACAUGUACAAACUGCAUUAACAUUCCAAGUAAGUGAAAUGAACAGAACUGAAACCCAGACCUUUUUCCACCACAGACCUGACGAUGUGGGUCGGUUCAGAUCCAACAGUCCAUAUGAGAUCCGGGUUCCACUUCCUGUAACCCUCCAACAAUCAAGCAUGUUUCUUUAUCACAUCAGCUUUGCUUCAUUGCAGAAUAAAUGUGUGGCAAUAUUUGCGUUUGGGGAAGAUGGGCAACGCAACAUGACUUCCUCAUCUCAGUCCCAGCUGCAGACCUUCCUCGUUUUGCUGGCCAACGCUGUUCAUUUCUGAUCCAACUGCUGUUUCCUAGUGAGACUGAAAAUGGCUUCAGCUGUUUGAAACAGAACCAUGUUGUGAUGAUCCUGUGUUCAGUCAGAUAACCAAACACCAAGCUCAGCGAUCCUAAACUAGUUCCAGUAAGACGAUUUGUCUGGUUUAAAGGGACGAUUUUCCUGGUUUAAAGGGGCGGCAUUAUGACAAAUCAACUUCUAUGAGUUGAUUUUAAUUGAUAAAAUCAAAGUAUGAUGGAAUAUCAAGUUAUGUUACUCCAUCAUCAAAAACAUACCUGCACUGUUACCAUGAUAUUUUCAUGCAUGUUUGAGAAACCCUUUAUCUCCAUGGCAACCAUUAAGCUGUAAAUAAACACCUGGUUGGCCCUAGAUGUGUCUUUGAGCUGCAGUUUCCAAGCUUUUGCCUCACAGAGCAGCCCUCCCUCACUCAGCUCCUUCAGACUAGCCAGCAGCAAUUAGCAAACAUCUGGUGGAACUGAGCAUCUGCUGAACUCAUUAUAGGAGCUACUUCUUGGGGGCUUGGUCAAUAGAAGAAAAGGCAGACGAAUAAGCAAAUGGAAAUGAACAAAUAGCUGGAUGGGAUCAAUGAUUGGAUAGAUGAAUUGAUAAAUACAUUUACAGAAUAAGAAUUAAAUCUGAAAAGACGAUCACUUUUCUCCAGACCAAAUUCCAUGCUGUUCCAGGAACCCUGAAGGUGUUUCUGCAACUUCCAGUCUUGCAGUUUGUUUUGCUGGUUUUCCUGGUGUUGAAACAUUCAGACACCUCUGAUGUUUUACAUCCUCUCCUUUCUUCAUGUUUGGAGCCGAGUCACUUCCCUCUGGUUUGAGGUUUCAGCUCCCAGGAGGUCAGUGACGCACCACUGACCUCAUGGCGAGAAUGUGAUGGGUAAAAUCUGAAAUAUGAAAUCAUUUCUCUUGAAGAGCUGAACCAAAAUCACCGACAAAACACCUUGAAGAUAUUGACUUGCAGAGAUACACAAAAAGUCCUUUAUUGACAUUUUUCCCUUCUUUUUUUUAUUGAUGGGAUUUAAUCAUGUCUGUUUGUACAACAAAAAGAACAGCUUUU